AUGGCACCAUCCCGAAUCGGGUCGCCGAGCCCCAGUUUCCGAGAGGAACCAACGAGUCCCGAAGAAUAUAGCGGACCCCCACGAAAUAUUGCUACUAUCAACAAUAUCCAAUUUGACUCAUCUCUCCAGCCGAAAUACUACGAAAUACUAGGUACUCACCCUGAGUCUAAGCUCCUCUUUCUCGACGUGAAUAUUCUUGAUUCUACUGGACGUGAUCCAUACCGUGGCGAUGUGUUGAUUGAAGGUGAAAGGAUCAGUGAGGUAGGAGUUGUAGAUAAUGUCGAGGAAUUGAAAAAGGACCAUAGAGUCCGCGUAUUCAAUGGUCGCGGAAGGACGCUGAUGAGCGGGUUGGGAGAUUCUCAUACACACUUGUCGUGGAAUGGAGGGGAUUUGAAUAGGUUAGGAGACUUGGGAGUUGAGGAACAUGUGCUUUUGACUGCAAGGAGUGCACAGUGUUACCUUGAUUCUGGUUACACAAUGUGUUUUGGUGCAGCAUCAGCAAAGGAACGACUCGACGUAGUUAUUCGAGAUGCUAUCAACGCAGGUGAUAUCCCAGGGCCGAGAUAUCUUGCCAAUGGUAAGGAAAUGGCCCGCCGAGAUGGUGAUUUGGUUGCAGGCAUCACAGCUUAUGCCGACGGACCUGAGGAAAUGAGAGAGGUGAUCAGACAUCAUGUCAACAUUGGUGUAGAUCAAGUCAAAUUAAGUAUGAGUGGAGAAGAGAUUACUGAAACAAGAUCGGCACAAGAUUGCUACUAUACCGAUGACGAAACAGCAGCUUGCGUGGAUGAAGCCCACAGCUUGGGUGCAAGACUUUGUGCUCAUGCAAGGGCACGCGACUCGAUCAAGAUGUGCAUCAGACACGGCGUCGAUGUCAUAUAUCACGCAUCCUACAUCGAUGAUGAGGGAAUGGAGAUGCUAGAUGCAAAGAAAGACAAGCACAUUGUAGCACCUGCCUUAAACUGGCUUAUUGCCACUCUAAACAACGCCGCUGCGUUUGGCUAUACGCACCAAAAGGCCGAGUCUGUUGGCUACCAAAAAGAGCUCGACGCAGCGAUCCAUGGUCUCCGUGAGAUGCACAAGCGUGGAAUCGUGGUCCUCCCUGGCGGAGACUAUAGCUUCGCGUGGACGCCACAUGGUACCUACGCACGGGAUCUAGCACACUUCGUCAAUCUGCUUGACUUCACGCCCAUGGAAUCAAUAAUUGCGGCAACAGCAGGGCUGGCUUUUACGGAGAUUGUAUUCUGGUCGAUGGGAAUCCGUUAG